AUGGGUCAAAUACCGAAUGAGCGAGUUGUUUUGCGAAUGUGUAGCUUGCAACGCGAGCAGCUAAAGAACAUCACCCCAACUGAUGAUGAGAAGCAACUAUUUGAUGUGCGUGGUCUAAGCUUUGAAAUUGAAGUUGAGUGCACUGACAGUCAGCCCGAUAGCUUUCAGGUUUUUGGCACUCAAUUACCAAAGACACAAAGUAUGCAUGAAAGUACUGGAAGUGAUUCCCAACCUACCAAUGUUGAGGUAAUGAAGGAGUUACAAGCUUUGAAGCUUUUUGUAGAGAACAAGUUUGAGGAGGUGCUUGCAGCUAUUGGUAGGCAGUCAAUGAAACCAGAGGGAAAUUCAGCGCAUAAGCAACAGGAUAAUGAUCCUGACUUUCGUGAGAUGCAUAAUGAUUAUGACCAGUUUGAAAGUGGCCACGUUGGGAAUGAUCCUGUAGUUAUUGGAGAUAGCACGCCCAAAGCACCUUCUAUAUCUGGUUUUGGUGGGGUUGGUCAAGAUGGAGGUGCCACUGGUGUCAAUGUGAAGAACGUCACAGCAAGUGAUGGCGUAGUUAAUGAUGAUUUGCGUUCUGACCCCUUCGUAAAUGAGCAUGAUUUUGGCUUGGAUUCUAACUUUGAACUGUCUGCAUCUGCAAUUGAUCAAAUCACCGCCAUUACACAACAAGCAACAUAUGAGCAGUCAUCUCAUGAUGUUAAAAAGUUGGGUCCUGCUCCGCUGCCAUCAGGAAUCCCUGUACAGACACGAGCAGAUGUUGUUAUUGAGUCUAAUACUGCUCCACAGGUUGGGGGAUCCUCGAAGGUCAUCAAAGGAAGAUUUCCAUUUGUAAAUGACAUUUCAGAGACUGGUGAUUUUAAGCUUACGACUGCAUUCUCAAACUUUGUUGAAGCAAACAUGCAAUUGGGAGAGGAAGUGUAUUUACCUGGUGAUCAAAAGCUAGAGCCUUGUUUUGACUUUGAAGUUGAACAGAUUGAUGAUAAGACGUUUUUCCAUACCUUAAACUAUUUUGGCAGGCCGCUCUCUAGUUCGCACUUGAAUAUUAUAUUCUGCUAUCUUAGGAAGAAGGCGAAAUAUGGAAUUAAUAUGCCAAUCAAAGUCACAACUACAGAUACUCUUUUUAAUAAUAUCAUUCAAAGGGUUUUCACAGAAUUUGUUAAAGGUGGGAAACAAGAUCAUUUGAUUGAUAGAUCAGACAAUACCAUGCAGUACAUGAAAGGAUUUAGGAUGCAUUGCAACACUCCAUGGUACCAGGUUGAUCAUGUCCUUUUUCCAAUUAAUUUGGCAGAAAGUUGGCAUUGGAUAUUGGGGUGUGUGUCAUUCCACAAGAGAUGUUUUUACGUAUAUGACUCGCUACGUAGUCGAAAGCACAAAAAAGCUAUUCAAAAGGUGGCAGAGGCUUAUGCUGUGUUGAUCCCCCUACUUCUAGUUAGUAUUGAAUUUUAUAACCAAAGAAGUAACAUUGUAGUAAAAAAUGGUGUGCACAUGGGAAAGAGUUUGACUGAUCCUUUUGAGAUUGAACUGAUUACAAAUCUGCCAACACAGCAAAAUUCAGAUUGUGGAGUAUAUGUUGCUUGCUUUGCUGAGUAUAUUAUUGAAGAUCUUCCAAUCCCUGUUGCCAAUUUUGAUGUGGAUGGUCUUCGAGCUAGGUUUAGUAUACUGUUGUGGCACUACGGGAGGAACAAGCAGUUGCAUGGCGAAUCAAGUGAAUCUGAGGCUCCAGUAGCACCUAAAAAGACUCGUGGAAAGAAACGCAAGAAGUAG